AUGGCCUUUUCCCCUCCAAUUUUUCCCUCCUCGCAUCCCUGUCACUCCUCCCACGAUCCUGCUCGUUUCCUCUACUCUCCCCUCACAAGCCUCCCAUCUUCCAUCUCUCCUCCCCCUUCCACCCCACGUGCGCCUUUCCCCUCGCUCUCUCCCUACGCUUCCCUUGUUCAUGGGCGGGUCGUGGCGGCACUCAUGGCCGGGCUGCUGCCGCUACACAAGGCAGGGGAGCUGCUGCCAGCCGUGUCGGUCGGCACCUUCAUCAUCGCCCGUGUCCUCCAACCUUCUCCUUCCCGUUGCCUUCACUAUCUGCAGCAGGCAUGCCACUCACUCCCCUACCAGCAGCUGCACCCAAUCCGUCCGGUCUGCCUGCACAUCCUCUCUCACCCGCUUCACACCUGCACGCACUGUCUCAGACUCACACGCCUUGGUCGGGUGCAGCAGUGGAAGGUGGGAAGGGUGAUGCUGGCAGCAGGGCACUUCAAAUGUCCAG